CGACGUCAACCGGCAAUUUUUGACACUACUUAACGCCGCUUGCUUGCGCUGCCCAACCCAACCAAGGGAAUUCUGGGGGGAUUCUUCACUGCCAGGACUCGACACUCCGCCAGAGGAAGCUCCUAGUAAGAAAAAGGGCGUAAGGAAAAGUCACGCAAGCCCAAAAUGUCGACAAUACAGCAACUCAAAAACUUUAUCCGCCACGGCAAGCAAGCUCGCGCCGUUGAUCAUGACAGCCCCCCGCCAAAACAACAACAGCCCGGAAAGGCCACGAUGGCCGCAAGAGUGACAGAACCCAUCUUCGGCGCUUCGUCUGCGUCCCACAACCAUGCUGCCGCUCAGCACCACGAGCCACACCAGCCACUAGCGGUAGAGGUCAAGGCAAAACAGCACAAGCGGAUACCCGAUGAGAAUAUUGCAAAGCUCGUCGCAGAGGAGAAUGAGAGCAAGAGCAAGUUCCCCCACUACCCGGGCCUCGAGCGGUGGGAGCUCGUCGAGAAGAUGGGCGACGGCGCUUUCAGCAACGUCUACCGAGCCCGAGACCGCGAGGGGAUCGCCGGGGAGGUUGCCAUCAAGGUCGUCCGCAAGUACGAGAUGAACAGCAUGCAGAGCAACAAACACCUUCAUCCAGACUUUAAACCAAAGGCGCCAAAGGCCGCAGAGAGGGCGAAUAUUCUGAAGGAAGUACAAAUCAUGCGCCAGAUAGACCACCCGAACAUCAUCAAACUUAUCGACUUCUCGGAGUCUCGGCAGUACUACUACAUUAUCCUCGAGCUUGCCCCAGGGGGGGAACUAUUCCACCAGAUUGUGCGUUUGACCUACUUCAGCGAGGAUCUAUCACGCCAUGUCAUCACGCAGGUCGCAAAGGCGUUGGAAUAUUUGCACGAGGAGAGGGGGAUUGUACAUCGCGACAUCAAGCCAGAAAAUAUCCUCUUCGUGCCCAUUCCAUUUGUCCCAUCAAAGAACCCAAAGCCCAAGCAGCCAGGGGACGAGGACAAGGUGGACGAGGGCGAGUUCAUCAAGGGUGUUGGCGCCGGCGGCAUUGGACAAAUCAAGAUUGCCGAUUUUGGCCUUUCAAAGAUCGUAUGGGACAACCAGACCAUGACCCCUUGCGGCACGGUCGGCUACACGGCCCCCGAAAUUGUGAAGGAUGAGAGGUAUUCCAAGUCAGUUGACAUGUGGGCCAUGGGCUGCGUGUUGUACACACUGCUCUGUGGAUUUCCGCCCUUCUACGACGAGAGCAUCGAGGUGCUCACCGAAAAGGUGGCGAAAGGCCAAUACACCUUCCUGUCACCGUGGUGGGACGAUAUCAGCAAGUCGGCUCAGGAUCUGAUCUCGCACCUGCUCUGCGUGGACCCGGAAAAGCGAUACACGAUCAAGGAGUUCCUCGCCCACCCAUGGAUCCGCGAGUCUGGGCCGACGCCACGCGACGAGAGGAAAGCGAUGUCGACAGACCAACCGCUGCGUGCGUUCGACAUGACCAAGAUCGUCGAGGGCGACAAGCGCUACGACUUCCGCUCUCCAGCCGCCAUCAACCUGCGCGAGGUCUUUGAUGUCGGCUAUGCAGUCCACAGGCAAGAGGAGGAGGGCAGGCGGAAGAAACAGAUCGGCGCCAAAGCCGGCGUGUCACGGCUCGGCGGGCUCGACGAGGACGAGGAGAUGACCGACGAAGACACGGUCGAGUACGUCCCCAAGGCCAACGGCAACUCUACUCAACAACUCGAGCAGAGCAUGCGCAACACGCAGAUUCAGGACCAGGAACAGCGCGGCCGCGACCGUGAGAGGAAAGCGCACCCUCCGCCGGCGGCCGCUGUCGAGCAGCGCGGGUACGGUCAGCACUCGGCUGCCGUUGCUGCGGCGGCGCGGCAGCAGGUGCGUGAGCGGAACAGGCAGAAGGGUGCUUUCGAGCUGAACCUGGAUGGCGCCACACUGCUUGGUCGUCGUGGUAUGAAGCCCGCUGCCAGGGUGGCGUAGGAUGCCACUGCUGAGCAGCUGGGUAGCAAGGUCCCCCGGUUACAGGUCGGGGAUACGAACGCGGCGGCGAUCACAUCGCAGCCAAAGGCCGACACCCGCUCUGUUGCGCCGCUCGGCGUCACGGCAAGCCGGCGGGCAAAACUCGAUAGGCGGUCACUUACUGAGAGUGCUGUAGUUGAGAAGCUGGGAUGGUUACGGGGCCCAAGCGGAACGCCCGAGUGAACAUGUAGCGGAGUGGCAACGGGGGUAACAGAGAGCGUGGUUUGGUAACGGUAUCAUGGUUUAGGUAUACUCUGCUUCUGCUUUUGCAUCAAGUUCUCGUCUCUUUUACUUUCCUCCGAGUUGGUCACGUACCUUCCUUCGCUUGAUG